GUGUGAGCGGAAACGGCGCACACGUGUUUUGCGUCUCGCAGGUUUGAAGGUUAAAGAAGAAACACCGGGUAGGUAUCCAGUACGCCGUCGGUCUCCGGGAGGGUUGCUGUUUUUCCUUUGGUAGCCAAAGCUGUGUGUGAGCAGCGCAGCAGCGCGGACAUGGACCCCGUGAAGGCGCAGCAGCUGGCGGCCGAGCUGGAGGUGGAGAUGAUGGCUGACAUGUACAACCGCAUGACCAACGCCUGCCACAGGAAGUGUGUCCCGCCACAUUACAAGGAGGCAGAGCUGACAAAGGGGGAGUCUGUGUGCUUGGACCGCUGCGUUGCCAAAUACCUGGACCUUCACGAGCGGCUGGGACGCAAGCUGACCGAGCUCUCCGUCCAGGACGAGGAAACGAUGAGGAAGGCAUCUCUGGGAAGCGGAUAGACACUAACGAAAGGCUCAAAGUAGAACAUCCUGGGGAUUAAAAGGUUAUGGGUUAUUGAGUGGGUGGGUUUUGUUUGGGGAAUCAAUCAAAUGUGAAGAUCAAUGCUCUUGAGGGUCCACAAAGAGGGACUGCUUUCCUGCAGAGGUCAAGGAUGAGACGCAUGGUGCUCUGAUGGAGUCACCGUAGGACCUGGUGGAAUGACGACGACACCUUGAAACCGCUCCACCUCAGGAUGAGUCUGAUUAAUGUUUCCUUUUAUUUUGGCCCACUGACCUGAUCAUCAACAGGAAAGGAGAGGAUGUGUAAUUGUCUCUAAUCCAUACAUUUGUUUUUUAGCUGCCUGGCGUCCCAGGCGGGUACUGGCUCUUAUACCAUGAGGUUGAAACAGACACCAUUUACAUUUAAUAUUUGUUCCCACGUCACCUUUUGAACAGGUGAAUUAUUUAUUUAUUUUCUAACAUGGCAGGGCGAUAAACAGCGAUCCUCUUCAUAAUGUUCCUACACAACAUGCAAUUCAGUUAGACACAUUGUUCACAAUUACAAGUUGUCUGUCAUGCAGACAUGGCUCUUUACAAAGCAGUUAAAUACAGAUGUAUCGAGGGCGUCUCCGGGAUGAAUUAUGUAUUCUUUGAAUGUUUUAGUUAAUACAAGAUGCUGAUUAGUUUAAUGUCUUGGAUGGUGCUGUAUUGGCUUUAUGUGUAAACUCCGUUACAGACUACUAGGCUCCUCAUAUGGGAUGAAAUUGGACUGAAUUGGAUGCUUGUGCAGGCUGCGUUGUGCUGUCUGACUGGACCAUGUUGUUGUUUUUGACCUGAUAUGUUUUUGUUUUCAUGUCCGUGAAGCAGCUUUUCCCCCCAACAUGUCGGAGAAGCUGCACAGUGUUAAGAACUCUAAUAAAACUGUCAUUUUAACACGA